AUGUCCAACUUCCACGCGGCUCUGUUCCUACCCUAUACGGCGGACUUUGAGAAGCCUCAACAGUCCCAAGCCGCGAGCCCCGUCCCAACCAUACCUGUCUCCGAUCUGACUCGCAAGAACUCGAUCGGCAGCCAUGAGGAUGCUCAGAAGGGCAGUCUUCUCCGGGACAACGCGCCCGCGGGCAUCACCCUUCCUAAGACUCCAGCCGCUAUGCUCGCACAAGAGGAUUACUUCACUCCUACGCAGCCAAGCGCCACAGCCCACUUCCUCAGGCCGAACGACACCAAGACUUUAGUGCGCAGUGAUGCCCACGUUCCCGAGUGGGGAGCGGGCGGCAUGUUCUUCAACCAGCCCCGUUCCCGAGCUCUCCGUCCAGCAGACAACGUGCUAGAGUACCAAAAGAACGAGGAACGUAAGCAACACCAGCGUGAGCAGUCGCGGGAGCGGGCUCGGUCGCUAUACCAGACGAACUCGGGUAACAAGAAGAGCGAUCCCCGUUGGGAGCAGAACUACAGGAUAGUGCCUGCAAUCCAAGGCAACGGUGGUCUCACCAAUGCUGUCCGCGCAGCAGACAAUGCGGGAAGCACACAGGAUGUUAUUCACGUUGGUCUCAUAGGAUUCCCGACCGACGACAUCGACGAAAGCAAGAAGAAAGAAAUAUACGAGAAGCUCGAGGAGGAGCAUGACGCCCUUGCCGUGUACGUAAACAACAAGGACUACGAUGGACACUACGCACACUAUUGCAAGACGAUUCUGUGGCCCGUCUUUCACUACGUCAUCCCCGAUCACCCCAAGAGCAAGGCUUUCUUGGAUCACUCAUGGAAGUUCUAUGAAAAUGUGAACCAGGCGUUUGCGGACAAGAUUGUCAAGAACUACAAGCGUGGUGAUACCAUCUGGGUCCAUGACUACCACCUCUGCCUUGUACCGGCGAUGGUUAGGGAGAAGCUUCCCGACGCGAAGAUCGGCUUCUUCCUCCAUACCGCGUUCCCUUCCUCGGAGGUCUUUCGCUGUUUGGCAGCCCGUACGCAGCUGCUCGAGGGCAUGCUCGGUGCCAACCUUGUCGCGUUCCAAACUCCUGAAUACGCGUACCAUUUCCUCCAGACUUGUAGCCGUAUCCUUGCAGUCGAGGCCGUUGAUGAUGGCGUCCAGCUUGAGAAUCGCUUCGUCAACGUCUUCGCCUCGCCCAUAGGCAUAGAUCCCCAGAAACUUGCACAAGGUCGGGACGAGAAGGAGGUCCAAGACUGGAUCAAGACCCUGACGGAGCGUUACCAAGGCAAGCACGUCAUUGUUGCCCGCGACAAGUUGGACAGCAUCCGCGGAGUGCGGCAGAAGCUUCUGUCUUUCGAAGUCUUCCUAAAGAAGAACCCUGAAUGGAGGGACAAGGUUGUCUUGAUACAGGUUGCUACAUCGACACGGGAAGAUCCAGAGCUGGCUACUACCGUCUCUGAGAUUGUCACGCGUAUCGACGCUCAGUACUCCACUCUGUCUCAUAACCCGCUCGUGUUUCUCAGGCAGGAUAUCUCCUUCCAUCAAUACCUCGCUCUGUGCUCCAUCGCAGACGCCAUGGUCAUCACCAGUCUUCGUGAGGGCAUGAAUCUGAGUGCGCACGAGUUCAUCAUCUGCCAGGACGGUGCUUACAGCAACAAGAAGCAUAGUCCACUCAUCCUCAGCGAGUUUACUGGCAGCUCUUCGAUAUUCGAUGGCGCUGAGCUUGCGGUUAAUCCUUGGCACUACCAGGGCAUUGCUGAUGCUUUCAAGGUGGCUUUGGAGAUGAGCGAAGACGAGAAAGCUACGCGUUACCACAAGCUGCGCAGCAACGUGUUGCAUCACACGGGCGAGUACUGGGUGAGAAAUUUGACGGAGAAGCUGAACGCCGUCUUCGAAGAGCAGUUCCGCCGUGACACCAUGUCCAUUCCUCGUUUGUCCGCAUCAAAUCUGAUCAAGGACUAUGAGUUGACCUCCAACCGCUUGUUCAUUCUCGACUAUGAGGGAACUCUUGCCAACUAUGGGUCUGUCAAUAACACUGUCAUUACGAACGUUGAUAAGGUCAUCGACAUCCUCAGCGACAUUCUUAACGACAAGAGGAAUACGGUCUAUGUCAUGAGUGGGCGCACCGUCGAGGAACUCGAGUUAGCGUUCAACCGCCUCCCUAACCUCGGCCUCAUCGCCGAGAACGGUUGCUUCGUGCGCGAAGGUGGCUCAGAUGAGUGGGUGCAAUUUCCCGACGAGGACAAGACCCAGGCAUGGAAAAAGGCUAUCAAGGAUAUCCUCCAAUACUACGUUGAGCGUGUCGAGGGUAGCUGGGUCGAAGAACGUCAGUGCUCGCUCAUCUUCCACUAUGAGAGCGCGACCGACACUGCCAGUCGCCAAGCUGGUGAGUGUGCGAACCAGAUCAAUGAUGCCUCUGCGUCCCAGCGCGUGAGGGCCAUUCCCACCAAGGACUCCGUCAUCAUUGAGCCGGCCGAUUACGACAAGGCAACUGCUGCGCAACACAUCCUCGACAAAUAUCCCCCAUCCGAUCGUCCGGACUUCUUGUUCAUCGCUGGCAACGACCGCGAUGACGAGAUCGUCUUCAAAUGGGCCUCGGAGCUCAGGGAGAAUUCGACUGUGCGUUGUGUGAACACCGUCACCGUAGGCGAGAGGAACUCGCUCGCUUCAUCGACACUUCCUACUGGCACAACUGGCCUUCUCGGCGUUCUUACCAAGCUCUCCAAGGUCAAGACCGACCACUCUUGA